AACAGGUGUGGCAGCGCCGCCGUGUUUGUCCCUGCCCGGCUGCCGUCGCGGAGCUGGCCGUGUGUGAACAACACUGAACUGUCAGGGGGAAGUUCUGCUUUACUACGCUGCACUGAUUUGAAUCUAAAAAAAAUGAGAUAGCUGGGUGUUUCUGCGGUGACAGUCACACACACCGCUGCCAGGACUCAGUGCACAACAAAUCCGCGCGGCCACCUCGCGACUUCAAACUGGCGGUUGGGAGAUGUCAUGUCACAUGAGGCAUCUUACACAGAACAAGCAUCUGAAGAGGUGUCAAAACCAGACAGAUGAUUUUCUUUGUUGCUGCAAAAUGAUUUAUUGUUGGGUGUGAACAUAAGACCAGAGCGCCGGAGAAAUGUUGAUAAAGAUGCCUUCAGUUUCCUGUGGCGUGGAGAGUCUGAAGUGAUGGAGAACAUAGAGGAGAGCCCUGCAGAUGAGCAGGCCCAAACCCCCCCAGAGCGAGGACUGCUCCACAUCUGGCAGUCAGCGGGGCCCAGUGCACAGCUGCCUCCAGAGAGAGUGCUGCUGUCCAGGCCUGUUCUGCAGACCGCGCUGGGAGAACAUCAUGGACUCCUGCUGACACAGGGUGGUCUGGUCUACUCGUUUGGUGAGCUGCUAUGGAGGCACGUGAGUGUCCCAGUCUCUGCCCCGGUGUUGGAGGGCUCUCUGCUGGGGAAGACAGUGGUCCACGUGGCUGCUGGAGGCUUUCACUGUGGAGCACUGAGCGAGCAGGGCAACAUCUUCAUGUGGGGGGAGAACACUGCAGGACAGUGUGGGCUGACUGAGAAGGGUGCAGCUGCAAACAUCACAGUUUCAGAGCCAAGCCCCAUCUCUGUGGUGGACAAUGAUGUCAUUCCUCCAGCAGCAGUUCGGAUUGUGGAUCUGGCUUUCGGACGGGAGCACAGCCUGGCUCUGUCAGCCCAGAAUGAGCUGUGGGCGUGGGGCAGCGGCUGUCAGCUCGGCCUAGUCACUAGCACCUUCCCUGUGUGGAUACCACAGAAGGUGGAGCACUUGGCAGGCAGACAUGUCAUUCAGGUGUCUUGUGGUGCCUACCACAGUCUGGCUUUGGUUCGCAGUUUGCCUCUAAAGAACUACAAUACCCAGAAUCCCCCUGAAAAGAGGGAGCGGGGCCAGUCACCCCACUACUCAGUGACAGAGAAGGAGGAGUCAUUUACAGUUGAUGGUGGUCACUACUGUCCACUGGGAGUGGAGCUGACUGAAGUCAUGACAGAGGAGACAUCUCAAAGAAGAAGAGGCCCCAGACGAAGACUGCAACCUCGGGGAAGGUCAGCUGGCAGCAGCCCUGGCUCUGCUGCCGGUUUAUGUCCGAAUUCUGAAGAUGGCAAAUCUAACACUAAACAGAAGAAUCUUCCAGUUGGCACCAGGCUUGAGCCCGAUGGGCUGACUGAGAGAGACGGCAGCCCCAAGUCCCACCCACUGUCCGGUUGGAGGUCCAAUAAGAACUCUGCUCUCUCUGAUGAAAGGGAGCUUCAGAACCUCCUCCAGAAACUCUCUGGUCACUCACUUGAGACGCGCGACACCUCCGGGCUCGGAGAUACUGACUCAUUGAGCAGUUACACUUCAGAUGACAGCUGUGUUUCCUCAACUCCUUCCACAGAUCUGUUGACUUCCAGUUACAAUGAAGAGUCAUCGAUUACAAGUCAAACCAACAAAAACAGUGGACUGUCCGUGUCGUACUCUUCUUCUCCAGUGUGUCUGGAAGACGUACGGCUUUCUCUCGAGGCAGAGAAGCAGGCGCUGCAGGGGCAGAAGAGCUCCAGUCUAACAAAUAUAAACCAGAGGGGGAAAGCAUCAACAAACAGGAGGCGCUCUCUGCCUGGGACACCCACCCGUGGGUCUCCACGGCAACGGCGAACUUGUGCCUGCAGGCCAUCUUCUGCUGGUCGGGUGCAUUCCACAGCACCGAAGGAGGCUGGAGACGGGCUGCCGUCUCUGGACACAGAAGUGUGGAGCUGGGGCCGCGGGUCUGAGGGGCAACUAGGUCAUGGAGAUCAGCUCGCCAGACUCCAGCCUCUGUGUAUCAAGUCUUUGAAAGGUGAGGAGGUGAUCCAAGUCGCCGCAGGGUCACACCAUUCAUUGGCUCUCACCGCUCACUGCCAGGUGUACUCAUGGGGCAGCAACAUGUGUGGACAGCUCGGUCACGUCAACAGUCCUGUCACUGUCCCUCAGCAGGCGAAGCUGUCUGAAGGUCUUCGGGUUUGGGACUUGUCAGCCGGUCAAAGCCACUCCCUCCUCCUGGCAGAUGGAGACUGUGUCCAGCCGGUCCUGCUGUACUGUGGCCAGCAGCAGGAGCCAAUGACAGUGCAGAGUGAGAGGUCUCACCGGGGUCAAAGGUCACACCAUAGGUCACCCAACAGAGCAGAGAGUUACACAGUCAGACCCACACUUCUGCCGUUCUGCAUGGAGAUGGGUUACAUUAGCAGUGUGUGCAGCGGUGGUCAGAGCUGUGCGGUGCUGGCAGACCAUAACAUCAUGGGUUUCAUCUCGGCAAUUCAUGAGCUGGCCUCCAGAGAGAGACAGUUCUACUGCUGGUUGAGCAGUGUCAGGAAGCUCCUCCUCACGCCGCUACGUAACAGAGAGAGUGCAUCUUCAUCGUUAGGUGAGCCGUGCACUCAUCUCUUCUUCUCUCUUUGCGAGAGUUUUGCUCGUCUGAGCACUCUGAUCGGUCAACACUCCACGUCACUCACCUACUUCCUGCAUGACGUGCAGGGCUGUGAUGUCACUUCCCUUCCCCUGCUGACUCACACUGAGCACUUUCUGGACAUUUAUAAAGAGUAUUGUUCUUCAGUAGGUAACUUCCAGGUGAUGGGUGGAUUCCAGCCACUCCAUAAGCUCUCACUUGAGUGUUUAGGCUCUCAGCAGACGGUCCUCGCUCAGCUGUGUGUGUCAGACCAGGCUGUGAGUGGUGAUGUUGACCUAGUUUCGAUGUUGUACUGGCCUCUGCAGCAGCUCCACCAGUACAGCCGAGUCCUGCUCAAACUGGCAGCUUGUUACGAUGUGUUAACUACAGAGUAUCAGUCCCUCCACCAGGGCUGUAGUCAGUAUGAGUCCCUGUCUUCGUCCCUUCUAAGGAGAAAGAAGGAGGCUGAAAUCACCUUCCUCUUCUGGAAGACCCACUCUGGAAAAACUGAGGAUCUGCGUCUCGCUCAGCGUCGUGUGGUGUGCGAAAGCAGCAACAGAUCUCUGACUCUGCAGAACGCCGGGCGCUUUUCCAACCACUGGUUCAUACUGUUCAAUGAUGCACUGGUGCACACCCAGGGUGCCAUUCCCUCUCAGAGCAUCUUCUCCACACAUCACGUCUAUCCUCUGACCUGUUUGUGGGUGAAACCAGUUACUGAAGACAGCAGUGGACUCUAUGCCAUCAAAAUUACUUGUCCAGAGGAGAGUUUCACUGUGGUGGCCUCGACACCACAAGAGAAGAAUAAGUGGCUACGGUCUCUGAACCAGGCGUUGGAUCAGGUGCUGGGUGGUGGAGGUCAGGGGUCGUCGCCAGGGGUCAUGGGAAUGUCUCGCACGGCCUCGUACACGUUCACUGGAGAGGGACGGUUCAAAGACGCCCAGUACACCGGGGGCUGGUUGGCAGGACGAGUUCAUGGCAGAGGAACCAUGAAGUGGCCAGAUGGACGGACCUACGUGGGGAACUUUAAGAAUGGAGUGGAGGAUGGCUAUGGCGAGUGUAUUAUACCUAACAAAGUGUUGCAUAAGCCAGAUAGUUACCAAGGACACUGGAGAGACGGCAAGAUCCAUGGCUUCGGCAAGUACAAGUAUGCCAGUGGCGAGGUGUACGAGGGCUGCUUCAGUGACGGGCAGCGGCACGGUUACGGCAUGCUGAGCUCCGGUAAGCUGGCCAAAAAUUCCUCCAGCGUUUUCAUCGGCCACUGGGUCCAUGACAAGAAGACAGGAUAUGGAGUGUACGAUGACAUCACCAGAGGUGAGAAGUACAUGGGACUGUGGUUGGACGAGCAGCGGCACGGCACCGCUGUGGUUGUUACCCAGUAUGGCGUGUACUUCGAAGGGACCUUCAAGGACAACAAGAUGAGUGGUCCAGGUCUGCUGGUGUCUGAUGACGACACAGCUUUCCAUGGAGAGUUUUCUGAUGACUGGACUGUCAACGGCAAGGGUGUUUUGACUCUGGCUAACGGUGACUGCCUGGACGGCCUGUUCACUGGAGAGUGGAGCGCAGGACUGAAGGUGGUUGGAACGUACACCAAACCAGUGGCUGAAGAGCUAGAACACAAGGACAGAAACAGCCUGCUCCGGUUGGGUCAGUACGUGGUGCCUGCAGGUCAGAGGUGGCUCUGUGUGUUUGAUGAAUGUUGGAGCCGACUGGGCUGUGAUGCUGCUGGGAAAGGAGAGAGGACCGUAGCCUGGGAGAACAUCGCAGUCAGUAUAACAUCUGCACGACGACACAGCCCAGACCUCACUCGGUCUCAGACCAAAGUGUUGGAGUCUUUGGAGUUAAUUCCUCAACAUGGAGUACCGGUUACCACCGCAAACUAUGACAACAUAAGAAGAUACCUCAUCAAGGCAUGUGAGACCCCUCUCCACCCUCUGGGCUGGCUGGUGGAGACAUUGGUGACCGUCUACAGGAUGACGUACGUCGGCGUGGGAUCCAACCGCAGGCUCCUCCGACAGGCCGUCCUGGAGGUUCAGGGCUACCUCACACAUUUCUUCCGCAUCGUUCGGUUUCUGUUUCCAGGGUUACCAGACGAUGGUGGCAUCAUCCCAGAACCCCCUGCAUCUAAUGGCAGACACGACUCUAACACAGCAGAGCAAGGCAGUGUGCUGGUGGUGAGCUGCUCCUCUCUGCUCCUCCCUCUGCUGCUCCCUCGGCUCUACCCGCCUCUCUUCACCCUGUACUGCCUGCAGGAGGAGCAGGAGGAGGCGCAGUACUGGGACCGCAUCCUCCGACUCAACAAACAGCCCGACCAGUCUCUGCUCAGCUUUCUGGGAGUGCAGGAGAAGUUCUGGCCUGUGUGGAUGUCAAUUCUUGGAGAGAAAAAGCAGAUUGUGUCGAGCAGUAAAGACGCCUGUUUUGUUUCUGCUGUAGAGACACUCCAACAAAUCAGCACCACCUUCACUCCGUCAGACAAACUCCUCGUCAUCCAGAAAACGUUUGAGGAGUUGACCCAGGAAAUUAAACCUAUGCUGCAGGGUGAAUUCCUGUGGUGCAUGGACGACCUGCUCCCUCUCUUCCUCUAUUUGGUACUCAGGGCAAGGAUCAGGAACCUGGGAGCUGAGGUCAAUAUGAUCGAAGAUUUAAUGGAUCCCAACGUUCAGCAUGGAGAGCUGGGACUGAUGUUCACAACACUGAAGGCCUGCUACAUCCAGAUCCAGCAGGAGUCGACUACCUAGGAGUGGAUAGGAAAAAAAACCUCACAGUCAACAAAAACUUCCCACGAAGGUGCUGCCGGAACAAAACCAGUCAAACCAGCAGUAUUCUACUGGAGGCCACUGGGAAGCUGCACUGACAGACGUCAAACAGGAAGAUGAUGCCUGACAGCUUGUUCUCUGCUGAUCCUUGUGCAGCACACCAAAGUUCUCUCUUUUCUAUGGAAGACGGUUUUCAUAGGAAGGUAACACAUCGUGUUCUUCAGGACAUGUUAGAAAACUGCAUUAUUAUCUUUACAACAGCAUUGUGUAAUAUGUUUGUACUGUCGAUAUUCAGUAGUAAUACAUCAGCUAGAGUAGAGUACAGAAAUAGUCAAAACACAGUUCUGCUUUCAUUACUUUACAGUAUUUUUACUUUACUGUAUGCACACAGUUUACAGUAAGGAACCGGCAAGGUGCUGUAUAGGUUUAGCUGCCUUCUGUCAGGAAUGAAGGCGCUCAAGGAAAAGGGUACUGACAAACCACAUCACUGAUGAAGUCUGAAUUGGGAUCAGAUUUUAAAGUGAACGUAGGUAGCAGAUGACUGCAAAACUAAGAUUAAGAAAAUAUGUACAUUGUUAUUAUACAUUAAUGUCUGAGCACUCCUCAAAGGGAAAAAUCUCCAACCCCAGGAAAUGCACUGUUGAAAUAAUACAAUUUGAAUAAUAAUAAUGGAAUCUUCUUUUCAGCAACAUUUAGACCCAUUACAUCUUUUGAAUGCAGGAGAGUUAGUUCAAAUUUUCACACUAAACAGUUUCUUGAAACGAUGUAGAAUAUUUUGUAUUUAUUUAUUUUUUAACACUUAUACUCUCCUGUAAUAAGAACCCAACCUCACUCGCUCCUGCAUUUUGAAACUUGCCAUGAAACAGUUUUUGUCUCAGGGCCGAACCCUCUCAAUAUUUAUAGCUAAUACACAGUAAACUGAGCAGUAGGACACGAAUGUGUUCCUGCAGAGGGAAAUGAUUUUGUACUGAUGUAAAAUGAUCAAAGAGGGAACACUGAUUAUAUUUUUCAACCAGUUUGCGAUUCUGUGGAAGUGUUUGUGUGUCAACGAGCGUAAAAGAACAAAUCUGAGGAGGAACGCUUUUAAUGUUGCACAAGCAUUUUUUAUUUUGUUUUGUUUUAUACACCAACCAGCUCGUAGAGUGUUUAACAACACACUAUAUUCACUUUUUCAUAAGAUCAGUUAUCAUAAAAAAGUAGAUAUUUUUUGUUUUUCCCCUACCUCCAUUGAGGACAUAAUAUUUUCAGUCCUGUUAUUUUUAAGAAAAUGCGGUGGAGGGUCGGCCAUGAAAAGUAAAAGAAAAAAACUUAAUGAGCAGCCGUUAAUUCAUUUAGAGCAUUAAUUCAAACCGAGAGAUUGACAUUUGAAACAUUUUCACUAUUUUCGAAGGGACUACUGCACUCACUUAAAUGAUUGUAUGCCAUGAUUGUCUAUAUUGUGUGUGUUUUAAUUCAGAUGCAGAUUUUUUUUUUUUAAUCGGUGGCUAACUUAAAAAAACAAAAACAUUAAGGUACUUCUGACCUUUUCUUUGAAUCCAUCUGUAUCUGUUAUAAAUGACUAUUUUCAGAUCCAGAUCCUUUAGGGACAUCAAAGUAAUAUUUUUCCAUGUCCAGUAUCUCUUCUAUCUGUAAAGUUUAUGAUCUCUUUCUGGCAUAAAAAACAUUUUUAACUCCCAGAACAAUGGUCAUAUAUUUGGGUACAACACCCUUUUGUUUUUGUUUUUUAAGAGCCCGAGGGCACUUCAGAUCACUUUGAAAUUGAUUUAUAUUAAUUAAUUUAUUAAUAGAAUGUAAUUGAAAUCAUUUAUAAGAGAUAUAUUGAAAAUAUUUUAUCACAAAUCUGGAUAUUAAGUUCCUUCAUCGAGUCAAACUUUUACAUUCUAGCUGAUUGCAGCAAUGAUUGUUAAGGACGUGUCCAUUACGAAAAUCCACUGAGAAACAGCAGAAAAAGAUGAUUUUUCCUCUCUUGUUGUUCCUGCUAUUUCUGCAGUUCUGAAAUGUGUUUGUACUGUAUUGAUUUAUUGUCACAUCCUCAGAAUCAGUCAAAUGUUCUUUUUAAAAAUAUUUUUGUUAGUAGCACCACUGCAGGAUGGAUGGAUGGGACAAAAUCCCUCAGCUGUCCUUCUUAUGGACUCCUUUAAUACCAGUUUGGGGAAAUUGCCGGCAUCGAAAUCUGCCAUAGUUUUCAGUACUACCAACAACAUCACACACAAAAGAGUCUGUUUGUUGAUUUAUUUCCUACCUUUUAGGUAAGCCUUGGUUUGAGAUAAUUUCAGAGCAGUAUUAAAAUCAAACUUUAUUCUCUUAUUGGUGAUAUAAAUGUCAUUUAAGGUAAUGCAGGAAACAUUUUGACUCCUUGUGAUUUGUCAUUGUACUGACAUGAACUUUAACCAAUCAUUUAAAAUACAUUAAUCAAGUGUAAAACAAAAAUAAUCAAAAGUGCACAAGUUCUACAUCAUGAACUAAGGCAUGGAGAGCAAGUUGUGAUCUUUCGUAAAAACCUGCAUUCAUUGGAGGUUUCAAGCUAAUGAGGCAAUAACCUGACUGAAUUUAUGACUUCCGUUAAUUAUUUUUUUAACCAAGUCUAUAUUUUUGUAACUUCAGACAUUUUUAGAAAGAGCUGAUCAAGGGAACUGAUUGCAUUAUAUUUAAUUUGUUGUGAUGGAUUAAUGAGUUGUGAUAGGAAAUGCAAAAUGUGUUUACUCAAAAAAAAGGGGGGCAAUAAAUUUGGUUUAAUUCAUGAAA